AAAUUACGCACACCGUACUAAAAAAAUUUAGACGUGGAAUUCGCCGGCGUUUAAUCAAAAAAAUACAAAGAAAGUAUAGAAAACGAUGAAACUUCUGUAUCUUACAUUAUUGGGCUUAUUAUUGCUGAGUUAUCAGUCAGCAGGAAAGAAAUCUAAUGAAUAUGAUGACAAUGAUUUUGCAGAAUUUGAAGAUGAUGAUGGUGAAGUAACUGUAGAAGAGGACGCAGAUUUUCCAUCCGAGUCUGAAGACACUCCACAGCAGCAACAACAACAACAACAAUCUGAUCGCGUGCAGCAAGAUGUCCAAGAUGAUGAAGAUGAUGACGACGACGGAACAGUUGAGACAGAUGAGGAUGAAUUUGAUCAUUUUACUGACGAGGAUGAAUUUGAAGGAUUCGAUAGAGACAUUCAUCCAGCUAAAGGCAAAUCACAUGAAGUUCCUGACCUCAAAAUUGCCAAGGUACCAAUACAUUUGAGAACAAACUGGGACAGUUUUUACUUGGAGAUGCUCAUGCUGGCAGGAUUGGGUGUUUAUUUUCUGAACUUUCUGGCAGGAAAAACGAAGAACAGCAAACUAGCACAGGCGUGGCUUACAUCACAUAAACAGUUACUAGAGGAUAACUUUACUAUUGUUGGUGAUGAUGGCACAUCGAAGGAGGUGACGUCGGGAACGUUGAUGAAGGAAUCCGAAAAUAUAUACGCAUUAUGGUGCAGUGGUAGAAUGUGUGUCGAAGGAAUGUUGGUCGAGCUGAAACUGAUCAAGCGACAGGACCUCAUUAACGUCAUGUCCACUAUGCUUAAACCAGCCGCUGACCAAAUUGUUGUAAAAGUAAGCAUGGACCCGUCGAUGGAGAAAUUCUGUUUCUGUAUUGCUCAGAAGAAAGUCGCUGCCAAAAUGCAAAAAGAUCUUCUGGAUUUAAGCCAGUUUACGGAGAAGAAAAAUAUUGAUAAAUAUAACAUCCCAUCAAGCUUCCAACUUCUUAGUGAGAUAGGGGAGGCAACUGCUAUGGUGCUAGAUAAGAAAGUAUGUCAAGCUCUUGAUCGCUUUGAGAACCAGAUUGAAUCCAUCCAUAUCUCAGACCAGUAUUCCGGACCUAAGAACCAGUAUGAUGAUAACCAAACCAAGAUGCCAGAAGUAAAGCAAACCAUUGUAUUCUGUUUUAAUGUGGCUGGUAAAGGUAAGACUAAGACAACGGACAUGGAGAACAUGAAGCCAUUGAUGCAGCUCGUCUUCUACGUCGUGGAUAAAGUCGCUAGGGUCUCGCUCAGCAAGGAGGGUAAACAGAAGGCCGAGAAGAAUCGCCAAAAGGCAGAGGAAGUUUUCCUUAAGUCUGCCCACGCCCAGCGACAGGAGGCUGCCCAACUGAGACGUGAGGAAAAACGUAGAGCCGAGAAAGAAAGAAUCAUGAACGAGGAAGAUCCGGACAAGGCGAGAAAGUGGGAGGAGCGACAGAACAAGCAGGAGUUGAAAAGGAAGCAAGCCAAAACCAAGAUGAUGAAAGUCAAGGGCAUGUAACUCUUAAAGUUUGCCUCAGUAUGUUGUCUCCCCUAACUUCUAAAGAAAUAACCAAUGAAAUCGUUCAAUUGUGUGUGUAACAUUUUUGAAUUGUUCACAAGGAUAUACAAAAAUAUGAUUGACUUGAAAAAAGAAGACAUUUGAAAAGUGAAAAGAUGAAAAUCAGGGGCAAGUAACUCCGAGACUGUUAUUGUCCUAUGUACAUAAACUUGAAAACUAACCAAAACGUUUAUGAAAUGUUCCUUACAGUUUGCAAUACAGGAAAGAAUGGCAUGAAUUUUAACAGUGAAAAUAAACUUCACAAUCUAAAUACAGCCAUAUUGAUAAUCAUAUUAAAUUCUUAGGUCCUAGUAGAUUUAGGGCUGGAUAUGUUUGUAAAUUUUGAUUAACCCUGAGUAUAAAUAUAUUUGUCAUUUAUUUAUUCAGAAUUGUUUUUUAUUCCAGAUAUAUUGUCUUCUUUGUGUUUGUAGUUAAUUGCCAAAUUUGAUAAUAAAAAAAAACAAACAAAAAACACUAAACUUUAGUAGGUAAUUGCUAAGUUAGUUACUUUAGUAGUUAGUUGCCUAAUUAAGAAAAAAAACAAAAACAUUCUUAAGUACUUAAAUGCCAAGUAAUGUUAAAAAAAUUUAUACUUCAAUAGUAAGUUGCCAAUUUU